ACUAUGUAAUUAAGUUACUGACUCAGAGAAACAAGGAGAGUUUUACAUGUUUUAUAAAACUGCAAGAUACAUUUUGUCGUGAUUGUGUGCAACCAUUCAUAAAGGGGGUCAAAGUGAAGUAACACAACAUGCGAAAUUUCAGUUGUUGCUCCCUGUCUCCAUUCGAAGAUGGCCUAGCUUGCGGAGUGCGUGAAAAGAUUUGUUGAAAAUCUAGGAAAAUGAAUAGCAAGAUUGAUAAAGUAAGAAAAUCUGAUGCUAAAAAAAGAUGGAAGCUUUUAGCUCAAAACUUGAUCAAGUCAAAGACACGCAGUGAAAACAAGGACGACUAUACAGAAGAAAGCAGCAUCUCUGUGAGGAGGUUUAAAGGCUUUGACAUUUUUCAAUAUAAAAAAGAGCGGGAAGAUGAACAUGGUGUUUGGUACAAGGUGGAAAGCGAAAAACAUCUGAAGUUAAAAACUCCAAGUAUAAGACUUUUAAGCAACAGAAUUGAUCCAGAGAUUUUAAUUGGAUUCAACAAUACAGGAAAUAUAUGCAUUUGGCCUUCAGAGGAAGUCCUUGCAUAUUUUUGCUUAAAUAAUAAAGAAAAGUUCAGAGACAAGAAAAUUUGUGAACUAGGUGGUGGAAUGACUGCUCUGGCAGGACUGUUACUAGCUACUGAAAGUAAUGCUGAAGAAGUCCAUUUGACAGAUGGUAACAAAGAAUCGGCAAAAAAUAUUGCAGAUAUUGUUCAAGAAAAUGAUCGCUUGUUUGGUAAUACAAGGGUAAGAUCAAGGCAGCUUCUAUGGGCAAAGGACCAACUUUCAGCUCAAAAAAAUGUUUUUGAUUUUAUUCUAUGUGCAGACUGUUGCUAUUUUUUGGAAUAUCAGCAAGGAUUAAUUGAGACGAUUUCUGAACUUUUAAGUGAAAAGGGAGAAGCGAUUUUGUUUGCUCCCAAAAGAGGCAAUACCUUGGACACUUUCGUAAAUUUGGCGAACGUUUCAUUCACAACACAAGUUGUUGAAAAUUAUGACAAAGAAAUUUGGCAGAAAUAUCAGAAAUUCAAAGAAGGACGUUCAUCUUUUGACCCGGACAUUCAUUACCCUUUGAUGGUAAUAAUGCAGAAGAAAGGCAACCCAAAUUAACAUUGAGUCGAGCAGAAGACUUCAACAAUCAUCUUGUUUGAAGGUGAAUUCAUGUCGAGGUGGCUCGUUAUUUUGUGCGAAUUUGCAAAUUCCUAGAGUCUAAAAGGAGUGUAGUACACCAUCGUAUUGAAACAGAAAACUGUAAGAAUUGAGAUAGUAACACCUUCAAGGCAGAAGAAAGUGAGUAAAGAGAAAUUGUUUUGCCUUUCUCUUUAAACAUAAGACUCUCAUCCUUUUAUCGAAUUUUGCGCGUUCGUUACAGUUACUUUUUUUAAAGACACAUUAUAGGUUUUUUAGGAUGAAUGGUUCAUACUUUCCUUUCUUUGUUUGGCAGUGCCAGGCAUUGAGGAUAUCUCGUGAUAAUAUAUGGUUAAAAGGACAAUGUCGCUUUUGUAAAAACCUUUUGUUGGUUAGGCAGUAAAUCAGGUAAAUGUAAUAAAUCAGAGACGUACCUGCCCUCUUGCGAAGGUGUACUGUCUAUAUUUUUAGAAUUUUCGAAUACUUUGAUAUUAAUCGUAAAACUGUUAAUGCUGUAUGCAUGCAAUAUUGUUCUAUCGGAGCCUGUAUCCAUGGUUACUGCAAGUAUACGAAAAGAUUGAUGACUUGGACGGUUUGUCGUGUUUUUAUCAAUAACAGUUUUCCUAAGAGGCUUUUUAGAAUCCAAGGGACUCUGCUAAACUUCUCGUAAAAUUGUAUAUGUUACCGAAAGUCUUCGAAUAAGCCCCACCUUUGAAUAAGCCCCCUCCACACCUCGAAUAAGCCCCCCCCCGAAUAAGCCCCCAUUUUAAAGAAUUUUUUUGUGAAAUAAGCCCCCUCCCUCAAUUAAGCCCCCAUUGGCUAAGGUUUGAUUUCGUCAGCAACAGGUUUA